AUGUCCGACUCUGAACGCGAGACCAAGCCCUUCAAGUUCGUCACUGGCUUCGAUGCCCGCUUCCCGAACCAAAACCAGACCAAGCACUGCUGGCAGAACUACGUCGAUUACCACAAGUGUAUCCUAGCCAAGGGCGAGGAUUUCGCCCCAUGCCGUCAGUUCUUCCUGGCAUACCGAUCAUUGUGCCCAAGUUCUUGGUGCGAGAGAUGGGACGACCAACGUGCGAACGGAAAUUUCCCUGUCCGUCUCGACCAGUAG